UUUAAUAGGGUUUCAUAUUGGAAAGUCAAAAUGGCAAAUUAUCAGCCUACAUAACCUCAAUGUAAGGAGUGCUAGUAGAUUUUCAUGGAAACUGCCUUAUAUACUUGUGAUAAUCCUACUUUUGUCACCACUUCCAAAGUUAUUAUUUUAAAUGUGCAUUUCAUGGUUAAACACAAUUUAUUUGGAACUGUCCUAUAAGUGACAAUUCUUAUAUGUUGGCCUAAUUAUUGACCUGAUUCUGUAGAUGUAAAAGUUUAACGUCAGAACAAGCAGUAAAUGGCAGACUGGAUUUAAAAAAGAAAGGAAGGGUAAAUGCAGUACGAGAUACUUCUUCAGGAGCACUCGCAUAUCGAAUGGCAGCUUUGACAUCACAGCCCCUCUCUUUGCCAGUUGCUGUCAACCCUGUUUUUACCACCAUAGCUAUGGGAGCAGAACUUUUCCAGCAAGGUUGGUUCCCUCGCCUAGCUUUCCAUGAAGCUGCAUAUUCUCAGCACUACUGACAACAACGUUGCAGCGUUGGGGUUUUCUUAAUUUUUGUUUAAGGUAGGUGAGUUUUUAGAGCAUGAAAGGUCUGUUAAAAAAACAUUCUGUAUGAUACAGUCGUGAACACCAACUUAGAAGUCUAGAAAGUCUGACCAAAAUAAGAAACGACUGAAGAAGACAAGAGGCCAAACUUAGGUAGCUUAAUACAAAAUCAGUCUGAGGUUUUAAACACAGCUGUCCUGCAUGAAUUUGUAAAUCAAAAAAUCGAGGUAACAUGGGCCAGACCUUCCGCUAGCCGAGCACCCCCCCGUCUACAGCUCCGCCGAACCGUGUCCCACCGAGGGCUCAGCCCCCCUCGGCCCUGAGCCGCCGUGUCCCGGCGCGGGGAGCGGCUCGGAGGGUGUGACUCUCCCGUCCCGCCUGGGGCAGCGGGCCCGCGGCAGCCCCGCCGGGCCGGGGCGCCAGGGGCGCUGCGCCUUUAAGAGCGAUGCGCGCAGCGCGCGCGCGGAGCGGCCCCGCCCCGCGCAGCGCGGCCGCGCAUGGGCGGAUGGGGAGCCGCGCUCUUGGCGCGGCGGAUGAAUCUGGGGCUCGGCCGGCCGCGCCUGGAGCGCGGCGCUCUCGCGGGCCGCUCCUCCCCGCUCCGCCCAUGGCCUCCCCGCUGGAGGACCCCGUCCUGAUCCGGCCUUUCCGCGGCCACACGGCGGCGGUGACGGGCGUUGCCUUCAACAGGAACGCGGCGGGGCUGGUUACCUGCUCUGUGGAUAGGUUUCUUAUAUUUUGGAAACUGAAGAGGCAGUGCAGAGCCUACAGAUUUGCAGGCCACGCGGAAGCAGUCACAAGUGUAGAGUUCUCACCAGAUGGGCAGGUGCUGGCUUCAUCUUCCCAUGAUCACACUGUCAGGCUAUGGAUUCCUUGCAUUCAUGGAGAAUCAUCAGUACUGAAAGGUCAUACAGCAUCUGUUCGGAGUGUGAGCUUCUCCCAUGAUGGCUACUCUGUAGUUUCAGCAUCCAAUGAUAAAUCAAUAAAAAUAUGGAGUGUUUGCUAUCAGCGCCUUUUGUUUACCCUAUUCCAACACACUGGUUGGGUUCGCUGUGCCAAAUUUUCACCUGAUGGAAGAAUAAUAGUAUCUUGUGGUGAGGACAAAUAUAUUAACAUCUGGGAUACAAGAAAUAAAAACUGUGUUAAUAGCUUCUCAGAUGAUGAAGGAUUUGCAACUUUUGUGAAUUUCAACCCAAGUGGAACAUGUAUAGCUUCCGCAGGUUCCAAUAACACAGUGAAACUAUGGGAUAUUCGAACGAAUAAGCUACUGCAGAAUUUCAAAGUUCACAGAGCAGGGGUUAAUUCUGUAUCAUUCCAUCCUUCUGGUAACAACCUCAUCACUGCUUCUACUGAUGGCACCCUUAAGAUUCUGGAUCUCUUAGGAGAAAGACUUAUGUACACUCUUCAUGGACACAAGGGACCUGUACUUUGUGUGGCUUUUUCAAAAGGUGGUGAAAAAUUUGCCUCAGGUGGAACGGAUGCUCAGCUAUUACUAUGGAAAACCAACUUUGAUAGUUUGGAUUAUGAAGAAGUUCUCAAACACAAUUUUAGAAGAACACAUACUGAUGAUCCUCCUCAUCUUCUUGAUAUUUUCCCAAGGUCGUCUCAUUUACAUGGUGAAAAACGUAAGUCAAUUCAGAUGAAGACAAAUGCAGGCAAAUCUUCAGAUGAUGUUUCUGUAUUCAAGAGCAGUGGUGGAAGUGAGGAACUGGAGAGUCCCUUUGCUUCUCUCUCGGCAAGAAGGUCAAAAAGGAAGGCAGAGACCGAGAGCGGGUCAGCUAGGCAUAGUGUGAAACAGCACAGAGGUGCCUCCUGCUCCGUGGACCGUGCUUUGAGCCACAUCAUGGGGCAGCUGGAUAUGUUAACUCUCACUAUUUCAAUCCUGGAACAACGUCUUACUUGUACUGAAGACAAAUUGAAAGAAUUCAUGAAAGACCAGCAAAAAAUGUUACUUAAGGGAAAAUGGAACUAAUAAAAUAUGAAAAUGAACUAUGUUGAUGAAUAUGUUUCAUAAAAUCAAAAGGAAUGUUUCUUCACUGGAUUUUGCUAUAAGCAGAAACAUCAAAUGAAAGUAAUAAAAAUGGAAGAAAUUAAAAAAAAAAAAAGGGUUUCAAACAUUGGUAGCAAGCAGAUAUUCUGGUUAUCUAUUCAAUGAAGUGCAGCCCAGUCAACACUAGUAUUUUCUAAAUAAUUUCUAUGGAACAUUCCAGGACUCUUAUUUCAACCUAACAAGGUCUUUGAAUAUAACUAAGCCACUAGCUACAUAUUUUUAGAUGAAUAGGAGUUACUAUGGAGGUUACCACUGUGCAGAUUUUUAAACUCAGGCAAGGAUUGUGAAAAUCAUGUUCUGUGUGCUAAGACAACUUUACUUAAACACCUGAAUUGAAUAAGACAUCAUACCAAAAAUGCCAGAGGUGUUCUUUUUCCCUUAAAUAUUCUCAAGUGUUUUACCAAAAAGUAGUGAGUUAUUCUGUAUCUUCUAAACAUUUUAAUGACGAUUGCAAGAAGAUGUAGUGUGAAAACUUCUAGUUACCAAUACAAAAAUUAAGUCAUUUGAACUUUGAAGCUAUAAUUGCAUCUAUGUGAAUUCAGCAGCAAAACUGAUGCAUUUGAACACUUCUGCUUAUUGCAUCCCUAUCAAAAUUUAGUUUUCAUAUUUACAAAAACAAAAAUCAGCUUCAUACUUCUGAAAAAUAUAUUUGAACCAAACACAAAACUAUGCAAAAUCUAGGUCAUAAAUACUAAAGAUUCUUAUCCUAUGAGAAUGUCCACAUGUGCUCAAGCUUUGCAUGCUAUGGAUGUACCCCAUCAGGUAAUGCAUUGUGAACACAGACAUAAGUCCGAAAAAACUUUGCAGUGUAUGAUGAUUUGGGUUUUAUUUUUAUUUUUAAUAAAAAUGCAGUUCUUAAGUAAUUUUAGGUCUCAUUUUUUAAUGGAAAAUAUUUAUUGUCUUUAUGUCUAUUUGUUAUUUUUUUAAAUGGCAAUUGCAGAACACCUGUUGUAAAUCCACAGUUGAAACUAGGUAAUCAUCCAUUUCUGUAACUUUAUGUGUAUGCUUAAAAAUAGGACACUUGAAAUGGGGGAGCAUUUUAAUCCAAUUCUGCAACUGACUGUAUAUAGAUAAAGCCCAUUUCCCAGGCUGAACCUCAUUAACAUCAACAGAGUUCAACUUUAGUACAUGAGCUCACUGUGCAAAUAUGAGUGCAGUUCAAGCCACAGAAAUGUGCAGUCCAUUUUUCUUGUAUAACUUCUUUUCUCUCCCAGCAACCACCUUCAGUUAGCCAGACAUCACCUCACUUCCUUGGUUAACUCUGAUUUUUACCAAUAGGUACUCCAUAUUGGCAGCUCAGUCUUGAGCACUUCUGGUUACAGCAAAGAAGCAGUCUCUUAUAAAAGUUUUGGGUGCAACUGUUUCUAGGCAGCAUCCUAACCACAGAUCUUUUGUCAAAGAAUGGUCUUACGUAUUCCAGCCUGACCUUUGAUUAUGCAAUUGUUUAUACUACUAUGUAACACAAAGUUAUGUAAAUGCUGCCUUUUAGAUCAAUUGUACUUUAUGAAUUCGCAAAUACUCCUGUGAUCGUUGCCUUUUCUUGUCUCCAUUAGAAGAUACAAAACCACGUAGCUAUUAAAAUUUUUGCUUAUUUCUUGUU